AUGAACAAUAAAGAUUACAUUAGAGCUCAAAUACUAAAUAAUAACUCUAAUAUAAAUAGUGUUACUCCAUCUAAUGGUUCAAUACAGUUUUCUCUCAAUAAAAAAGGCGGUAACGACUUCAAGAAUAAUACUACCCCCAUAAACCAAGGCACAUUACUGAUAAAAGAUAAUACUUUAACAAUAGGCUCCAAUUCUAUUAGAAAUGACAGUAACAAUAAAAAUGGACUUAGAAUAAAUAAUAGACGAUAUCAGUUGAAUACCUCGGGAAUUAAAUCAAAAUUCCAAACCAAUAAGAGAAGCAAUAUUACCAAUCAAAAGAUUACUGAUAACACCACUGAGAAAUUUAUGUCUUCUAACAUAGGAUUUAAUGUUACAAAGAAUAUUAAUAACUUAACAAAGGUACCGCAAGAUGGAUAUAAUGCAGUGAAAAUUAAAAAAAAGUCCUAUCCAUUUGAGCUAUAUUUCCACGAUAACAGAUCAUCUAAAGAACCAUUUUUAAUAGAUAUUUCUCAGCUACCCGGUGCUAAAGAAGGGGACUUAGCAGAACUGAAAACAUACCACUCAAAUUUAUUAUCCAAUCAACCAUCAUCAACUUCUGUUUCAGGAAAUUUUAAGCCCAGGAAAAUGCACCAUAAAGUUGAAGAUAAAAAGUUGUACUUUAUUGUAAAAGAUUUCAAUAACAAUGGCACCGCUACUAAUGAAAGGAAAAAUAGCGUCCAUGGCAUCAAUAUUAAAAGUAACAACAGCAUCAAUAAUACCACUGUUACUGGUAACAAUAGCAUAUCGUUAAAUAGAAGAACAAAUAACCCAGCAGUAUCUAUAGCAACUGGGGAAUUACAAAAAAAAUUGGACCUACCAAUUAAAUCACGUGUUUGGAUAAAAUUGAAAAACAAAGAAACAACCCAGGCAGAUCUAAUAGAGUUGAAUGUUAAGGAUUGUCUUGUUAACAGAGGGGAUAUGUGGUUAAUUUCCAACUCAAUGGUUGACACCUGUGUUUACAGUGGACAAAAACUAACUUUUAUAGACUCACUUCGGUUGGCGGCUACAGGCAUAUAUAAAAAUGGUAAAAAAAUUCUAUCCGGGUAUGUGGGAGACAAGACCAAAAUUAUUAUUAGAUCAGAGAGCGCAAAAUUCACUUUCAUUAUUCAAAUAACUGAGGAGAUGUGGCAUUUUGAACAAAAUGGGGAAAUUGUUUUCCACCAAGUGGUCAACUCUUUGUUUCCUAUGAUUUUCAAAAAAUGGAAAAAAAUCGAUACACAUCAUAGUAUCACUAUUAUUCUUUCAGCAAAUGUGGAUUUAUCUAACACGGAUUUUAGAAGUUUAAAGCCAGGUGAACGACAAAAAAAUUCAAAAGAUUAUUAUCGUAUUGUGGCGGAUCAAGUUAGUAUUGCCCACUGGGAUAAAAUCAUGGAAACUCUAAGAAUCGAGUUCAUGAGAUUUUCUAAAGAUUUGCUAAACGUUGUUAAACCAGACGGUACAUCUAAAAUUCAAGGAAGACUAAGCCAAACAGUUAAAACCAAUAUAUUGGAAUCUGUAAAUCUUGCUUCUUGUUUACUUUUAGACCCAUUCAGACAAAUAGACUUAAGACAUACUACCACACACCUAAUAAUUAUUAGUCCGGGUACAGGGUUAUUUGACGUGGAUUAUGAUUUGUUGCAAUUAACAUCAAAGAAGUUGUUGUCACUUGAGUUUACAAUGGACAUUAUUUGUCUAACCCAACCACCACUCCAUAUUGUACCUUUAUUUAGAUAUUUGGAUUAUUCGGGCGAGUUACACCAUUGUAUCCCAAUAUGGUUAAGCAUUUCAUUUUGGAGUGAAGUUUUAAAAAAGUACGGAAAAUGGCAUCCGAGGUGUAAGAUUUAUGAUAUCCAAAUGAUGGGUGUUACUGAAAACGAGCUUAAGGAAGAGAUUACCAUCAGCCCGCUAGUUCCAUUUUCCAGUGUCAAAUCAUUAAAUGAGUUUAUUCAUCAAUAUGAAAAAAAUGUUUUCACUGACCAUUUAUGUUUGGAUAAAAAAAACAGAAAUACAUCUUUUUCAUCUGAUUUUCUGGAAACCUUUAAUAAUACCCAUAGAAUUAAGGAAGCAACUACUAAUGGAGGGUGCAAUUUUUUAUGGCGGGAGCCCAAAUCAUCUGCCCCUGUUUUGAACGAGGUUGAUACUUCUCAAAUUUUUGCAGAUAUUCAUACAGUUAGCGAAGCGCAGUAUGAGGAUACAGAUACUCGUUUAAAACCUAAAAUUUCAAAAGAUUGUCCCUCCCUAGCAACAGAUUCAUUAAAGUCUGCUUACAAAAAUCAAAGUUACAUGACAUCUUUGACUCACAAAGUUGCUUCGAAAAUAUUGCCUGAAUUUUUUUAUCCCACAAAUACUACGAAAAAUCUGCCUGAAAAAUUAACCAAAGGGACCGAUAACCUUUCUUUAAAUGUACAUAAAGAUAGUUUAGGUGAAUAUGAUAACAACAGGGAAUCUUUAAAAAAAAACUUUUCGUCGUUUAGUGGCAGGUCUUUGCUACAUGAUGCGGAAUCUGUUGCGGAGUCAGGUGCUUCUAGAAGUAAUUCUCUGAUACAAGACAAACUAACAGUGACAAAAAACCAGAAGAGGGUUCGGAAAAUCACUGAAAAUGAUACAUGUAUUGAGAUUGAUAAUGCUUCAAUUCCAUUUGAUGAAGAACUGGCAGUUUCUUUAAUACCGGCCAGGUGGAAAGAUGUCUAUCCUAAAUUUGUACCUAAAAGUUAUAGCAAAUGGAAAUCGUUCUCAACUCCGGCGGAUUUGCCGGUUACGACAUCCUUAAUGCCAACCACCUCAGAAUUCGAAGAAUUAUAUGAAUUGCGGAACCAUUCGGUCACUUUAAACCCGGAUCAAGAGAUUUUAACCCCAACACCACUAGAACUUUUGAAAAAAAUGAUUUAUGUCCGAAUUCUAUGCGGAUUUCAAGUUUGCAAGGGGAUUAAGACCCUCAAGAUAGAAGCUUUGCAAGAUUUAGCCAAUCCAAACGUAAGUGCCGUUCUCAACGAUGAUGAUUAUAUUGGUAAGAAAUUUUAUUUGCUUCUUGAAGAUGAGAUUCAUAGAUUAUGUUGUGAUGAUACUGGUGUCAUAAACAUUCAAAGAUACAUAAGGAAAAAAACAUUAAAUACAUUGGAUAGAUUAGGGAGUUACACAUCGAUGAUUAAAACAAGAUACGAAAACAGUUACCGAGCCAUAAGCAUCGACCCAAUUAAUUCUAAAAGAGAGAAAAUGAAUUGGAACCAAGUGGAUCAGAUAUUAGCAGGAUAUGAAGAUUCAGUUUUAGAUAAAAACAAAAAAAUGUUUAGGUCAAAAUUUGUUAUAUUACCGGCAUCUGUGCCUGCAAACACUUUUGGAAUUUCUAGCAAUGCAAAAAAUGAAAAACUUACAGAAGAAGAACUUAGAUUAGAAGGACUUACCAAACUGAUUGCUGCUAUACACAGAUCUAGAUUGAGAUCUGAUGAGGAAAGAAAGAAUAAAAACUUGAGAAAAGAAGAAAUAUUGCCAGAAAUAUACUUUUACACGGGUCCUUUAUUCCAGUUUAUAAGUGGUCAAGCAGAGUUGUUCAAAAACAACAUGAAAGAUUUAAUAGUUUAUGAUGAUUCUGACUCUUUUAACAAAAAUACAAGCAUUGAUGUAAUUUCCUAUGAAUUGCAGCAUGGUAAAGAUCAUUUGACUAUGGUGAAUAGAAUUUGGCAUUGGAAAAAGCAUAAAAAUUGUUUCGUUGGGUCUGCUCUUGUCAAUUGGUUAUUGGAGCAUUUCACAGAUAUUGAAACACGAGAGGAGGCAGUUCUGUACGGACAAGAGCUAAUGAACAAGGGGUUAUUUGUGCAUGUUUUAGAUCGCCAUGGCUUUUUGGAUGGCCAUUACUUUUAUCAAAUUUCGCCAAGCUUUGUUUGUGACGCUAGAGACGAUACUAUUACCACCGCCACCACCACCACCAAUACUACUACUACCACGGCUAAUAACAACAACAACAAUAAUGCAGAUUCUCCAUUAACGUUAUCUCAACAUAGUUUAACAAGAAAUAGAGAUCGUUCAAUUAGUAUGAAGUCUGUAAACAGUAGCAAGUUUACGGCCGCCUUAAAUAUAAUGACUUCUAUUAAAUCGCCUAGAUAUCAUAAUUCAGAUGAAACUAUUCUCUCACCUGAUAUAAAUGAAGAUAUAAUAACUCCUGAGCCAAAACCUAACAUUGUUUUAAGUUCUUCAGUGUACUUAGACCUAGAUCCUUCCGGUCAAUCUUCCAAAAAAGAAAUAUGCACAGUCCAUUUUGAUCGAGUCCAUAACCCAGAACAUUGUUAUCAUAUUAGACUUGAAUGGUUAACUGUUUCACCAAAGCUUAUAGAUAAUUUGAUUAAUAGUUGGUCAAGGUUGUGUGAAAGAUACGGUUUGAAAUUAGUUGAAAUACCUUGGAUAGAAUUGUGCGCUAUACCUUCACAAAAUCCAUUUCACUCUUUUGUUGAUAUCAAAUUGGCUUUAAACCCGUGGUUUGACGAACAUUUUAAUAAGGAUGCUAUUUUAUCAGAGAAUAAGUUUUAUUAUCAUAUUUAUUUACUAGGAAUUUCUGGGUUUUUAUUGGACAAUAGGGCGUCUGCCUUUUUUCACGAUAAUGCACCAUACGAAAUAAUGUAUUCAUGGGGUAAACCUCAAUUUCGAUUGGCUCAAUAUGUUCACAACACAGGUGCUUAUAUUGCUGAAAUUAGAGAAAAUGGAGAUUUGUUUCUUGCACCAAACAAUAUUCAUCUUUCUAGAGUCAAUGUUAACAAUUCGAUUGGAAACUUCCAAGGAUCUACUUCUUCAGCAAAGUACUUUAUUGAUUCACAAAAAAUUAUGUUAGAUUUCAAGAAAACGUGCUUAAAUUAUGAUAAACUUUUACAGAUUUUUACAGACGCCAAGAAGCAAUUGGCUAACCAGCAAGAACUUUAA